UUAUAUGUAAGCCGCAUGUUUAUCUUAGUUGUGUUUGAUCUUUAUGUAAUAAGAAACAUUCAAGAUGUAAAAUCAAGGAUAAGACAAAAUAGAAAGAGGUUCUUCUGUCUGUGUAAUCGAGAAUGGUCGUCAAUCAAAAUGAAGAUCGCCGCUAUGGGUGUUGGCCAAUAAAAUUUAGUUGUAUACAGAGACUGAAUUCAAUCCGAUGGCAUGUUUUCUGGCAAUGCAUUUUCACUUUUUUCGAUGGAUUCAUUGUAAGUGGCGUGGUGAAUGUAAUCAUUCCAGCUCUAGAAAAACGUUAUGAACUGUCUAGUUCAAAAUCGGCCAUCAUUGUCAGUGCCAAUGAUUUUGGAGCUUUCGUUCUUUUAAUCUUUCUCGGUUACUUUGGAGAAAGACGCCAUAAACCUAAACUGAUGGGGGCUGGAAUCUUAUUUAUGUCGUUUGGUUGUCUUGUAUUUUCUCUUCCGCAGUUUAUAGGAGAAAAGUAUGCUUACACAUUAUCAGAUUCCUCUAAGAAUGGAAGUGACAACCUUUGCAGCACAAGAAAUACAACGUCUUCAUGUUCCUCGAACGUUGGUGAAAUCAAAGAAUACUUCAAAGUUUAUUAUGCCUUGUUUAUUGUUGGACAGAUGUUAUUAGGAAUAGGUGCUGUACCCAUGUUUACUAUUGGGCUUAGUUAUAUAGACGAAAACUGUAAACAGAAAUUAACAUCAUUUUAUAUAGGGUUAACUCUAUGCUCAGAUGCAGUUGGGGUUGCCACAGGUUAUAUCGUAGGGGGUAGUUUUCUGAAUGUCUUUGUUGACGUAGACAAACUUGACGUAGCUAACUUACCACUGACAUCAUCAGAUCCGCAAUGGGUAGGAGCAUGGUGGAUUGGAUUUAUAAUAGCUGUUCCAGCAUUUAUUCUAGUUGCUUUUCCAAUACUUGGGUAUCCUCGACGUCUUCCAGGUUAUGAAGAGCUUCAAAAGCAAAGAAAGUCAGAGGCGUACGAUAAUGAUGCAGAAGAAAUCACUGCACAAGCAUCAUUUGGUAAAAACUGGAAAGAUUUCCCGCGUUCGUUCCUGCUUUUGAUCAAGAACCCUACAUAUGUUUUCCUUUGUUUGGGCAGUGUGUGUGAAACUUUGCUAAUUGGUGGCACUGCAACGUUUGUAUCAAAAAUAAUACAAGAAUUUUUCAAUGUUGACCUAGCUACGGCAGGAACUAUUAUCGGUGCAAUAACAAUACCUGGAUCUGGCGGUGGAAUGAUAUUUGGUGGAUAUAUGGUAAACAGACUAAAUCUGAAGCUUCGUGGAAUAAUAUACUUUUGUUGCAUUAGUAUUGGCCUGGCAGCAUUACUUGUACCAAUAUUCUUAUCAAGUUGUCCGAGUCAACCAGUGGCGGGAGUGUCAACAGACUACAAAGUAGAAAUUGGAACUUCUUUGAUUGCUAGCUGUAAUAAUGACUGUGGUUGCACAACAGCAGGAUUUGAACCAAUUUGUGAUCAGAACAAAACAGUUUACUUUUCACCGUGUCAUGCAGGUUGUACCAAAGCUAUAAAUACAAAUGGAACGAAAGUACGAUAUUUUUCAUUUUCUUAA